GCGAUGCUCGGCGGGCGGGCGGCGGCGGGGGGACGGGCCGCCCCCCCGGCCCCGCGGCUCGGCGGAGGCGGAGGCGGGUGACGACGGCUCGGCGGCGGCGGCGGCGAUGGGGUGCCUGCAGAGCGUGGCCUGCAAGGCGCGGGUGCGUCGGGAGCAGAUCGUGGUGUCGGACGUGUCGGCCACCAUCGAGCCGGCGGCCACCGCCAUCGAGGAGAGCUCGCCGGUGGUGCUGCGGUACCGCACGCCCUACUUCCGCGCCUCGGCCCGCGUCCUCAUGCCGCCCAUCGCCCGGCGGCACACCUGGGUGGUGGGCUGGAUCCAGGCCUGCAACCACAUGGAGUUCUACAACACCUACAGCGACCUCGGCGUGUCAAGCUGGGAGCUGCCCGACCUGCGAGAAGGAAGAGUAAAAGCCAUCAGCGAUUCGGAUGGCGUGAGCUACCCCUGGUAUGGAAACACCACAGAAACUGUGACCCUGGUGGGGCCCACUAACAAGAUCUCCAGGUUCUCGGUGAGCAUGAAUGACAAUUUCUACCCCAGUGUGACGUGGGCUGUCCCUGUGAGCAACAGUAACGUGCCGCUGCUGACCAGGAUUAAAAGGGACCAGAGCUUUACCACGUGGCUGGUGGCCAUGAACACCACCACCAAGGAAAAGAUCAUCCUGCAGACUAUAAAGUGGAGGAUGCGAGUGGACAUUGAGGUUGAUCCCAUGCAGCUCCUGGGGCAGCGGGCACGGCUGGUGGGAAGGACUCAGCAGGAGCAGCCCCGGAUCCUCAGCAGGAUGGAGCCCAUCCCACCAAACGCACUAGUGAAACCCAAUGCCAACGAUGCCCAAGUCCUCAUGUGGAGACCCAAGCGAGGCCAGCCUAUAGUUGUGAUACCUCCCAAGGCAAUGCAAGGAGCGUGAGUGUGAUCGAACCGUGCCUGUGGCAAAUGCUGCUUUCCACCCAACUGGAGGUAGAAGUGGAGACCGUGCCUGCUGGAUGUGGAGGGCUCCUGCGGUGACCCUUCCUGCU